AUGGCAUCGGACCAAGUCCGCAUCACGACACGGCACACUCUCCACUGCGCCACUGCGGCGACGGUGGCUGCCCUCGAGUGCCCCUUCAACUUGGGUCCAAUGGACUAUUUGGUAUCUCCGACAGUACCCAUUGAAGCCGUCUUCAUUUACCGCAAGCCCACGUCGUCACCAACCAAUCACUUUCUUGAUAAGCGUCGCUUGAGGCGAGCCGUCUCUCAUCUUCUCGACUAUUAUCCACAUUUGACAGGCCGACUCCAGCUACACCCAACCAGCCAUGCUCCACAAAUUGGGUCCCUGGGCUCUGGGGUGGACUUUUGGGAGGCGCACUGCAGCACGACCCUCCGAAGAAUUGCCUCAUCCAGUCUGUCAGGGCGCAUAAUUACUCCGAAGCUCCCGGGUUUUGGUGCUGGACUGCUCCCAAUAUUCCACCCCACAGUGGGGUCAUAUUCACACAACCCUAUUCUUGCGAUUCAACACACGCGAUUUGCCUGCGGGGGAGUGAGCCUUGGAAUCCGAAUCCAUCACCAGGUUUGCGAUGCCCAGGGCUUCUUUCAAGUCGUGCGAGAUCUAGCUGAGAUCUACAGGCAAUUACGCGACUCUUGUCCACCAUCUCUCGUCUCACCACCUGAGAUCCGCUCUCACUUUAGAAUCCAUGGCGAGCUGUCACCCAGCUCGGCACGUGAAGCUCGGAACUUCGUCCAAUCGUCUUUCCGUCUUGGAACAGAAAGCGGCAAUGGCGUCGAUAAGAACGCAGAAAAACAAAACACCGUGCCGGCAUCAGCCCGUGUACUUCGCUUUUCCAGUCAGGAUCUCGCAGGGUUCAAACAAGCCGCAACCAGCCCUGAUCCCCAAAGUGGCACAUGGGUCUCCACGUUCGAGGCCCUUUCAGCAUACUUAUUCCAACGGGUAUACAAAGCCAAAAUACAGUUGAUCGAGAAGCUUGGUAUCUCACCCCAAGAUGAGCGAUGUCAGGAACUUCGCCGAUUCUUCACCACAAUGGAUAUGCGGGACCGAGAUCGGCUAAAUUUACCUCCACGAUACUUGGCAAAUGCUGUUCACACCCUUUCAGCUUACUCCUCACAUGAGAAUUUAAUGAAUGGUCCCUUCCGAUCCAUUGCAGACACCAUUCAUCGCGCCAUUCGCUCGGUGGACCCGGUGCAGGUCAAGCGGGAGUUUCAAUGGAUUGCUGCGCAGCCUGACCACAGUCUGGUGGAGCCCACGGAGAAAUUCCACGAGGGAAAUCUUGCUGUGGUUCAAUGGACCCGGGACCACACAUAUGUCGGGGUUGACUUUGAGGUUCGCGAGAGUGGUAGACCUGUUCUUCCUUCUUUAGUCUCUCCGCCUCUCAGUGGGUCUUAUUUGACGAAUGGCCUAGCAAUGGUCAUUACCACUGUAGAGAAGUCAGCGCCCCGGGAAAGGAAGACGAAUAUUUCGGAUGAACCAGAUCCUCCGCGUGGCGUCUAUGUCAACUUGGUCUUGGAGGACCAGAUAUGGCCAUUUCUCGAGCGGGACAUUGACUUCCUGAGAUACAUUUGCUGA